AUGUUCUCAUUAUUGAUUUUCUUAAAUGUAGUUUUCACCUAAGAAAUCAAGAGAUUAACGAUUGGUCAUAGAGUAGAAGGCACUUAAUCAAAGUGGCUCAAUUAGAAUGGAGACUUUUAUGAGUUAAUUUUGGAGGAAAUAAAGAUUGAUUCUGACAUCGUGAUAAUGGUGAAGGCAAUAAAUCCAGGAGGAGAUCCAAACAUUUUUAUAUCGAGAGAGAAUAAAUAUGCCAGCAAUGAAAAGGAAGGGGAAAUUGCUUCAUGCACGUCAAGAGGGAAUGAUUUGUGUAUUAUUGACAAAUCUAAAUUGAUAAUCGACGAUCCAUUCUAUAUCUCAGUAAUUUGUACUGGCAAUUGUAGAUACGAUUUGCGGGUUGAUUACGAUUAAGAAUACACGCUCCAAAGAAAUGAUUUUAUAUAAUUUAAAUUGUCUGACACUCAACAAAGUGAGAUUUUAAAGAUCGAUAUUGGUGAAUACAGCAAAUCGGAAGUGGAACUAGAAAUAGAAGUGAAGGCAUUAAACAUAUAUGAAUUUGAAGCUGCCUUCCAAGUUUAUUUGAAUGUAGGAACCACAAUACCUACAUCAAGUGAGCAUUAGUAUGUAGCCAAGGACUCAUGGAGUGGAUCUAAAUUAAUGUCUCUAUCGCUUUAAGAAUUGCCACACUUAUCCAAGUUGACUCUUGUGAUAUCUGGUUAGGCUGGGGCUAUCUUUUAGAUCAAGACUCAGACUUCUGGAAUCUUAAGAGAAUUGAAAUUCCAAGAGAUUUACAAUGGGAUAGUGGAAGCUGGCACUGCUAGGAUUUUCAAAGUGAAGAUCGAAGACAACAGCUAUAAUGAUAUGAAUGAGAUUGACAGGAAAAUAAAAUGGUUUAUUAAAUUAACUCCAUUUAUUGGACAUGCUACCCUAUAUGCGAAUCCUGAUUAUUAGCCAGUGCUGUUGGAAUAAUAUCAAUAUCAUUUUGAACGAACGACUCAGCAGGUUCUAAUAAUUGAGAAGGCUUAAUUCAAAUUCUAGAGUGGAAAUGAGAAGUACUUGUAUAUCGCAGUAUUUGGAAAUGAGAUGUGCACUUAUGAAUUGGAAACUGGAAUCCAAGAUUUUGAAUACCAAUACAUCAACAUUAAUGUUCCAUAUGAGGGGAAUAUUGAGAAUAAUGAGAUGAUCAAUUAUUGGUUUGUGUUGUCAGGAUCGAAAACCAGAGCAGUCACAGUGGAGUUGACCAAUUAUGAUUAAGAGUGUGCUUUGGUGCUUAAGAGAUGUUAUGAGGAUGAAUGCAAAAUAAUCCAAGAUGAUCUGAACCAUUUAGAAGAAAGAUAGUCUCAGAGUCCAAUGGAUUUGUUUAUUUACACUACCUAAACAAAAAAUAAUUAAAUACUGGUAUUCAAUUAUGACCCCGAAGUUUGUAAGUCCUUCGGGGAUUUCUACAGUUGCACCUAUGUCUUAGCCAUAUACCCUAGCAACACCCACACUCAAUUAUACAAUCGAUGCUCCUAUUCAGUCUUGGUGUCUACUCAAUCCUCACAUAUUCAAUUAAAGGAAAACACACCACAUAAAUCGAUGGUGGAGAGACAAAGCUUGAACUAUUUCAAAUUUUACAUUGGCAAUGCUCAGGAUAUCAGCAGAAUCUCAAUCAUCUUAACACCAAUCCAAGGAAUCUUUUAGAUCUAUUCAUCAACGACAAGUCAGAGACCAAAUAAGGAAGACUUCGAGAUGCAAGGAAGCAAUUAUAUGAUCCGUUACUAGAACUAAGAAAUUCGAGAGGGAACAUAUUUCAUUUCGGUAUUUGGAGAAACAGCAGGACUGUAUACAAUCACAGUUGUAGUGAUUAGGACAGGUGAUGAUUUCCGUGCAAAAGGUAAGUUCGCUUGGCAAUACAUUCAACUGUACGAGGGAAGUCCUUAAGAUUUUACUCUUUUUAGUGGAGAGGUGGGCUUGUAUAAGAUUGAUCUCACUAACUACUUGAAUACUGAUCAAAGCAAGUAAUCAUUGCAUGACAAUGUGAAAGUGGAAAUCUUGCAUGAGACUGGUCAAUUAUCGCUUUAUGGUUUUGAUCAUCCAUCAACCAAAUUGAAUGAAUCAAGAUGGCAAAGUGCUGAGGAGAUUCAAAUCUAAUUCAAUGAAGAUGAAUACCCAGAAGUUAUUUAUUUGAGAGUGGAACCCACAGGACCUUUUAGUUAGGUUUCAUUCAGAAUCAUCUAUAGAAUAGGGUGGAAGAACAACAUGCUGGUUCUGAAUGAGAACUUUUAUACUUGGAUCGAAGCAGGUGACUAUCAGUAUUUCUACUAUACCUUUUUUAAAAACGAAGAUGUUCAGCUUACCAAAAGAGCUCAUUCUCAUAAAGAUAGUGAAUUAAUUGUCACUGCAUUUGUUGACAGCAAUUAACACUAAUUAAUAACAGGAUCAAUGAUAUUGAGUGCAUCCAAAAUGCCUCUGGAUAAAUGUAAGAGUUCCAUCACCGAAAUCUUUUACUGCUAAGUUUAAGUCUAAGUCACAAGCACUGUAGACACCUUCUACUCACUACUCAUUUCCAAAGAUAACUCUUAAAUUCAGCUGACUCUAGAUGAACCUGUAACUUAGACCUUGCCUGCCUCAUACCACCACUAUUAUUUAUUUUAUUAGCCGGAAAAUGAUGUCGUUUUGAAUGUUGUCAAUUUUGGAUAACCAUAACCAUUGUAAAUCUUAGUGUCCGUAUUUGAUACCACCUAGUAUCCUAACAAGGGAGUCUAUGAGUAUCCCACAGAUUCAGAAUCCAAAAACAUAGUUUCAGUUUCAAAAACCAUUGUUGGAAUACCUCAUAGUUAAGUGACUCUCUCUUAAGGAUUCUUGCAAUUUUGUUAAUAUUAAUGUGUUUUGGCCAUAACAAUAAAGAAAGUUGAUGAUAUAGAAUACUACAUAACUCAAGAUUAGACAUACUCCAUUCAAUAUUCAUCUGGAUACGUUGGAUUGUAUGAACAAAUAGCCUAUUAUGGAUCCAUUGACAGAUCCAUCAUUAAAUACUAUAAAGCCUAUGUCUAUGAUAAUGAUACCAACCUUAUGAUUGUCCUCACUCCUAUGUCAUCUUGCGAUGUCAAUAUCGUUGUCAGUAAGGAUGACUAUCCAGAUGCUGAGAACUAUGAUUGGGCCUCCAUCGAUUAUUUGGGAGACUAAUUAGUCAUCGAAAGUGGCAAUCCAAAACAUCCUAAGAUGGCUGGACUCUAUAUAAUUGGUGUUAUUGGGUAUUCCACUUGUUCUUACAGUAUAGUAUAUCAAACUGGAAAACUCCAUUACUAUCAAAUUUAAUAAGGCAUCCCACACAACAUAGUGCUGAAAUCAGGAGAAGUAGCCUAUUUUAAAUACCAAUAAUACAUAGUGGAGAAUUUCUAAAUAUUAUUCAUACUUUAGAGUGGAACUGCUGAAUAUUUCGUAGAUGAAAUAGCUGAUGACUCUAAGGAAUCUGAUUCCUUCAUUAAAUAAUUGGAGUUAUUCCAAUUUAACAAUUCGGGGAAGGGAUUUAAAAAAUAAAUGAAGUUUACACCUAAUGAUAGACACAAGUAUCUAAUUGCUGUUAGAUCAGAAUAAGAUUCGGAUAUCACAUUAGCUAUUCAAGUUAAAUCAUCCAAAGUUUAUCUUGCCAAAGAUGUCAUAAUGAUAAAUUAACUUGAUCCAGAGGAUUUUUAAUCAUACAGUUAUUACAGUCCUUAUGACUCUGUUCUGAAAGUAGAAGUGUUAGAAGGUAAAGUUGAAGUUCAAUAUAGCAGUGAUCCUUCAAAAGAUCCAAUAAGAAAAAGAGUGAGCAAAGAAACAUCUGCUUAAGGCUUCAUUGAGGAAUUAAUGAAAGUCUCGGCUGAAUUUUCAAAUCAAUUUAAUAUCACUAUUAAAUCUUUUGAUAAAAGUGCUACUUAUAAGAUCUAAUGCAGAGAUAUAAAAGGAACUAAGUUUAUUAAUGUCGGUGAAGUCUAUACUAUAUUAUUACACCCUCACCAAUCAGAGAAAUUCAUUUACAAUAGUGUAUAGAAAGGGAAUGAAAAUACCUUUUCAAUUUUCAUCACCAUGCUUUUCAACACCUAUCAAAAAGAUGAGUAUAACAAAUACAAGAAAGAAGUCCCCAAAAUAUUUGUCAAAUAUACCAAUGAGAAUCAAGUAUCCCAUCAACUCUUCCCAGACAAGGAAGCCUAAAUUUCUCAAUAUUAUUAUGCAGAAUUUUAGGAUCGCGCAGGAGAUUACGAGAUCGAAAUCUUUAAUAAAAAUGAUUAGUUAAGCAUCGACUUUAAUUUGAUCUUUAGCAAUAGCUAUCUCAACAUAUUGGUUCCCAGUCAAAAAAGUGUCAGCAUUCUAAAAUAGUAACCCAAAUAUUGGGAAUACUUUUGUCCAUCCGAAGGGCAAUUGUUGUUAUAGGUGCAGCAAUGCGGAACUACAUUGAACUUAUUCGGGUCUACUGACAUCGAUCUUUUAAAAAAUGGAUAAUACUCUAAGCAAUAUUAAGUGACUGAUCAUUUGGUGGAAGUUAUUGAAGUCAAAAAGUCGGGUUAUUACUAUCUAGUUGCCAGUACAAACAAUUAUAUAUCUGAUUCAUCAACUCCAUUUACUAUCACUGCUCAACUUAUAAAGCAGGAUUCAUAUAUUCCACUCAAUGAUCUUCAACCUGGAAAUGAUGGAAAUCUCAAUUGGGAAUUAGAAAGGAGGGAUGAUAAAUAUUAUCUGACAGUCACUGGUUACAAAUUGUAAGUCAAGUCGAAUCCCAACUUCAAUUUAUUAUAGGUUGCAUAUGUGUUGGUUUAUCAAUUUAUUGAGGAUGGGUCGACAUAAACAUUUAAUUAUUGCUUUGAAACUUAUUAGUUUGAAAUGCGAUAUGAAAAUCCAGCUAAAGAAAAUCAACUGACUUUUUCAUUAAGUUAAGAAUUGGAUGAAACUAAACUCGCUGAUGCACAAAUGAUAUAAUUCACUAUCUACACUGAUUCUAUUAUCUAACUAAGAAAUUAAGAAAUGAUUAAUCUAGAAAAAUUCUACAAACCCAUCACUGUUAAUAACGAAUAUAUUAAAUAAUUGAGGUGGAAAAGAUACAUGAAAUAUACUUUUAUUUUGAUCCUCGCAUUUGCCCUUAUUUACACAUUGAUAUCUUAUUUUAGAAAGAAAAUGAAUAAAGAAAAAAUGAAAUUCGAAGCAACCGACUAUCCCAACAUAGAAAUGCAUUACAGAGGAUUAUAAGAUUGA